CACGAGGACACACAGCGAUAACGAAGCUUUCGCUCCGCGACAGGGAAGCACCUUACAAGACCUGCCAUGGCGCCCAUCAAGCUUUGCAACGUGGGUCUGACCACGAAGGAAAAAAUUAAAUUAAGGAAGCCCGUGGUAGAGAAGAUGCGUAGGGACCGCAUCAACGGCAGCAUCGAGCAGCUGAAGGCGCUGCUCGAGACGGAGCUGAGAGCGAGCCGGAGCAGCUGCAAGCUCGAGAAGGCGGACAUCCUCGAGAUGGCCGUCCUCUACCUGAGGGACCACCUGCGCCCCACCGCUCCCAUCCCCCAGGGCUACGCCGAGGGCUUCGCCAAGUGCCUCCAGGAGACCGUGCGCUUCCUGUCGGCACACGACCGCCUCGGAGACUCGCACAAGAGGCUGCUGAGCCACUUCCACGUGGCGGAGCGGCGAGCGGACCGAGCAGAGAGCUGCCCCAGUCUGCCGGGGGUGGCUGGACACUCGGCGCCGAAGGGCGCAGCGGUGCCGGAGCGCGGCAGGCUCUGGAGACCGUGGUGAAGACCGAGUCCUCACGCGGGAGGAGCGCGAGCCAGAGGGCGGGGCGGGGCCGACUGCCACUGUGUCCUCUUCGAGUAGGAAGUGUGUUCCAUUCUAACGCUGUAACUAUGUAGGCAAAAGUUGUGGUGAUCCGCUAAUAUUGGGUAUUCUGUAUAGAAUGCGACAUUUUCCCUCCGUAUUCGCAUUUAACAAUGCUUUAUUAAUUUAACUUCUGUGAAGAUUAAUUCUCUUUACAUAUUGUAAAAUUGCGCUGUGUUUUCUCAGAUUCAUGCUGAAUUAGAGAUGUUUUGCACCGAGGGUGUGACGAGAAUAUAUUUUUUUUUUUUUUUCUCUGAAAUUGUUUUGUAUUCUCUGGUAGAUACCUUUACUUCU